UCGGGUCCUGUACAGGUCGCCCUGGACUAUGUGGGUGUCCGCGCAACAGCAAAUAACGACUUGUUACGAGACGCGUUUACCCGGCGUUUUUCUAUGCGCCGAGCCGUGGCCGCCAUCUUGUUUUGCUGUGGCCGCGAGCGAGCUGAGGAGAGAAAAACACAGAGUAAACGCGCUUUGAAGACCGCGUGUGCGACACAAAGGACGGUUGCGUGGGAGACUUAGGAAGACUAGGAACACUACAUUUUAUUUCUUUUUCAAUUACGAAGACAUGGCAUAAACAAUUUCGAAAAAGAAAAACAUCCUAGAAUUAAAAUGGAGGUAACCACCGUUUACAGGCAAUCCCAGUAUAAAUAAAACAACCAGUCGCGUAUGGCAUGGUAUUUUUAAUGAGCAUAUGAAUAUUUGGAACAGAAUAAGAACAAUAAACAUUACAACGCGAACAUUUAAUCUUUGUGGAAAUGACGCGUAAACAGAUGCGACUCGAGUGGGUCUGACACAAACAUCAUUCAUUUCUUCCUGCAAUGGCAUAGGCUUAUGAGCGAUGAGCACUGAGCCUGCAGACUCAUUUUACGGGGAAACUCUCCCCGAGCUGUGUGUAGACUACCGCUCAACUGAAUCCCAGCAUCGUCUUAUUCGAUCCAUGAAUGAUGGCACGGCAGUUCCUUUCCUCUCUAUCUCAUCCUGUUUCAACACGCAAACGGACCCGGCAUUCUGCGGGCUCGCCACGCUCGCCAUAGUACUCAACGCGAUGCAAAUCGAUCCUCAGCGACUGUGGAAGACACCAUGGCGAUGGUAUACGGAAGACACGCUUGGAGUCGAAUCAAUGGACAGCGUGCGUGAAGUUGGUAUUACCGUUGAGGAAUUCCAGCGGCUCGCGCUACGCAAUGGGGUGGCCUGUGAGCUGGUCAGACCGGAGGAUUCCAAAGAAAGCUACGCGUUGUUCCGCGAGAACUUGUACCACGUGUGCACUGGCUGGAAGGAUAGAAAACCAAGCGUAGGGGGCUGUGAGCAGAAUUUUAGCGAGUGCCCUUUGGCGCAUAUGGCUAUUUCGUACAGCAGAGAGACACUGAAGCAGACAGGCAAGGGUCACUUUAGCCCAAUCGCCGCCCUUGAUCUACAAACUGACUCCGUGCUUGUCUUUGACACUGCAAGGUUCAAGUAUCCUCCCCACUGGACUCCUGUGAGGGAGCUUUUUCACUCUAUGAUUCCGGUAGAUGAGGAGACUGGGAAAAGUCGAGGGUAUUUCCUUCUACGACAGCAUAACUUGCAGACAUGCACAUGCGUUAUACCCACAUGACGCCUCUCGUGCUAAAGUCUUCUAGGGGCCCAUAGCUGGGAGAGCGGAAGAGUUCGUUUACCCAUUUUGUGGACCAAAUGGGGGUAGGGGUAGGGGGGUAGGAGAUACCAUAACGUGCGUCGAGUUGUAAGCGUCAAGGGUGUAACAAGAUCUUAUUAUCGUCGCCCCUUAAGUUUAGGUAGGCUGUGGCAAAGAAGCAAUCCCAACACAACAACAGUGCAAUGGGGUGAAAUACACCGAGACGCUGGUUCUCAAUCAAUGUGAAUGGAGCUCUUAGCAGAUUCGUACAUACUAUUUUCUUAUAUAAAUGUCAUAAUAUUUAUAUCACAUCUUCAUAUUUUUCUAUGAACCUUUCUACCGAGAGAAGUUAACAGAGCAAAAAAUGAUUGACAGGAGUGCGUUGUGUUUCAUUAAUUUACAUCAAAGCGCGUACUUCAUGUUGCGUUGGCGCGAAUACCUCUAUUCUUUGCGCCUCAUAAUAUUAAGAUCACAAUAAUUUAAUAAACGCAAAUAACAGUUAA